GGGGAGACCUCGCCGCGCGGCGGCCCCCUCCCCCAGUCGGUGGCGGAGAGCCUCGCGGCCCUGGCGAAAGGGAACGAGUUCGUCUCCGCCGUGGCGCCUCUCUGGGGGCGGCUCGUUGCCAGCGACGUCGCACGGCUACACGGAUUUCGAGAUGAUGAAUGGAAUUGCACGGAGCGAGACCCGUCCGGCUGCAUCGAUCAACGUCGAGCCGUCGAGGUUUCCUGCAGCCCGGGGUCUCGGAAAGAGACGAACACGGCGACGGCCUUCCUGGACGGUUCCGUCCUCUACGGGUCGUCGGAAGAGGAGUCGAAGGCGGUGCGGUCCUUCCGGAAGGGCCAGCUGGGACCCGAGACCGGCGGCUUUCCUCUCUGUCGCCAUGCCGGGGGGUGUUCGGUAAACCAGACGGGGCAGACUAGCCUGAUGAUCCUGCUGAUGAGGGAGCACAACAGGGUCGCCAAGGUGUUGGCAACCUUGAAUCCUCACUGGGAGGACGAGACGCUCUUCCAGGAAGCGAGGCGGAUCCUCAUCGCCGAAAUCCAACACAUCACCUAUGACGAGUUCCUCAAAACGAUCCUCGAUGGGGUUCAGUACAAGAACGCGGGUUUGGAGAUCGACCCAAGCGGUUACUUUACCGGAUACGAUUCGAAGGUCGACCCAGGGAUCGAGAACAGUGUUGCCAUCGGUGUCGUCGGAUUCCUCGGCACCACCUUCCCCCCGACUCCCGUCGACCAGGCGACAAGCACGAAGGAGGUGAACAAGUUUGAGAAUUCCGACCUGGACUCUCUCCUCUCGGGUCUCCUCGUCUCCAGCACGCCGACCCUCAGCUCCGCCUUCGGCAGCGAAGAAGCGAGUCGGGACCUGUGGGCAUACAUGGUGCAGCAAGAGCGAGACCACGGGCUUCCCGGAUACGCAAAAUACAGGGAACGGUGCGGACUCGGAACGAGCAAGAAUUUCUCCGACCUCGCGGACGACAUCUCCUCCGCCGGGAUCGCGAGCCUCGAGGAACUCUACGGGUCGCCGAACGACGUGGACCUGGUGGCGGGGGGCCUGAUGGAAGGCCCCGCACACGGCGGCCUCCUCGGUCGCACUUUCUCCUGCCUCCUCGGCGAGCAGCUGAAGCGCGUCCGGCUGGGGGAUCGCUUCUGGUACGAGAACGACUUCCCACCCAACCAGUUCUCCAAAGAGCAAUUGGCAGAAAUCAAGAAAGUCACUCUGGCGUCCUUGUUGUGCGUGAACUCCGGCCUCGAACGAGUCCAAUCCCAAGUCUUCCUCGUGCCCGACCCAUUUCUGAACGCCCCCGUGAUGUGCAAAACGAUCCGCCGGAUGUCCCUGGAGCCGUGGAGAGAAGUCGGCCCCCGGGAACUGAUCGUCCCUCCUCGACUCCUGGACCUCUCCGUCGAGAAGGCGAAGGAAAGCCUCAAGAAGCGACAGGACAUGGAAAAACUCGUCUUCGAACGAGGUCGAGUGGUUUCACCGGACUCGGCGAUCUGGAAGGCCUCCGGCUUCCAGCAGCCGAACGACGCGGCCUUGCGGGUUGCCAACACCUCCAUCGUCUUGGAAUUCGUCACGCAAGAACUCACCAACCUCUUCUUGCUGAAGUCCCCGAAUCGAACCGCGAGUCUCCGGCUGAAGCGCCAGGCCCUCUUCCUCCCUCGCGGGCCCGAGCUGAACGCCGUGUUCGUGGGGGACCGCCUCCCCCAGCCGCCCCCGUCCUUCUGCCCCGACGGGGAGGAGACCCGCCCCUGCGACCCGAAGAGCCCCUUCCGCACGUUCUCCGGGUGGUGCAAUAACCUGGCCGCGCCCCAUUUCGGGAAGGAGCUCACGCUCUUCGAUCGGCUCUUGGCGCCCAAGUACGAGGACGGGAUCAGCACCCCCCGCCUCCGCUCCGUCCUCGGCGGGCCCCUUCCGUCCCCCCGCGUCAUCUCCACCUUCGUCCAUCCCGACGUCUCGCACCCGAACCAGCGGUACUCCCUCGUGUUCAUGCAGUUCGGCCAGUUCCUCGAUCACGACGUCACCAUGACUCCCGUCCACAGAGGCUUCCAAAAGUCGGUGCUGGACUGCCGAUCCUGCGACAGUUCGCACCAGGUCCACCCGGAGUGCUUCCCCAUCCCCGUGCCGCCGGGCGACCCGUUCUUCCCGCCGAUGGACUUCGGGCGGCCCCGGUGCAUCUCCUUCGUCAGGUCGCUGCCGGGGCAGACGAAACUCGGUUAA